AUGCCGCUGGAAAGCAGACAAAGGGUACAGGCGGCGAAAAACGCAAGAACCAUCGAUUGCCUCUGGGCGCUAUCGCUGAGGAUGGCGUGCCAUCUAAUAAGCGUGGCCGUCUCGAUGAUGAUAUGGACAUCUCACCCGUCAAGCCACGCCCUGGGAAGCAGACAAAGGCCGCUGUCGACGCGCAGCCUCCCCUGCGGCGCUCGCCGCGCAAUCCUCCCGUGA